AUGGGUUUUAGCCUCUCUUUGCUGGUUGGAGUGCUCUUGAUCCUAUUAUGGGAACUGGGAGGAGCUUUGCAUCUGCAUAGUGUCAACAAUAGCUUUAACGGUCUUUUGAAUGGAUUCGUAUUUGGGUUUUACUCUUCGAUUUCAGAAGCUUUUAUCUCUCUUACUGAUAUAGGAUACAUCUGUCUAUCCUCCAUUGUAUCCGUUUUCAUCCAUGAAGUUGGGCAUGCUCUUGCUGCUGCCAGUGAGGGUAUUCAGAUGGAAUACAUUGCGGUGUUUCUUGCAGCUUUGUUUCCAGGAGCUUUAGUGGCUUUUAAUUUGGAGGUAUUGCAGGCAUUACCCCGAAAUGCUGCUCUGCGAAUAUAUUGUGCUGGAAUCUGGCAUAAUGCUGCUUUUUGUGUGGUUUGUUCCCUAAUAUUAUUUCUGCUGCCGUUGGUCUUGGAGCCAUUUUACCUAUAUGGGGAAAGUCCCAUGGUCCUGAAUGUGUCUCAGAAGUCACCUUUGGCUGGACAUCUGGCUCCCGGAGAUUUGAUUGUCUCAUUAGGUAGUACUCGUGUUCAUUCUGUACAAGAGUGGAAAGACACAAUUGCUUUGUUCAAUGUACAGAUGCUUCAGAUUGGCAGUUCCAGGGAUUUUGAAAGCUCUCUUGCCAUCAGAGGCAGAACAGGGUAUUGCGUUCCCUCAUAUCUUAUUAGAGGGAGCAUAGAAAUUCAAACAGAAUGGCACGUCAAUGACACGACUUGUCCAAGUGAACUUUUUCCUUUUGUUUCUAUUCCGUGCGUGAAUUCUCAUAACUUUGAUGGUGUUACUUCCAAAGAUAAUCAUUUUGAGGGAACAGGAAGUAUUCGCUGCCUCAAUCCGAAGGAUGUUAUCAAGCUAAAAAAUUGUGGAAACCAUGAUAGAAGCAGUUGCUCAUGUUUGGAGGAUGAGUCUUGCUUGAGCCCAGUCCAGAAGCCAGGUUUGGCAUGGGUAGAAAUUACAUAUUCAAGGCCUUCAGUCUGCCAGAAGUCCCAAAUGAACUCCUUUCCAGAACACAAGCCUCAUAAAUCUGGAGAAAUGAACUGUACAUCGACCUUCACUUUUCUUGGUGACAUAAUCACCUUGGGGCAUGCUCUCCGGUUGACUUCAUAUCAACCUCGGUGGUCGAUUAACUUUGGUUCAUCUCUGCCUACUGUAUUGGAAAAGCUCUGUGUAUACGCCUUCCAUGUAUCCCUUGCUCUUGCUCUUCUCAACAGUUUACCAGUUUACUUUCUUGAUGGGGAAUGCAUCUUAGAGGUUAUCUUACAACAUUCUAGUUUUCUUAGGCAAAGGACAAGAAGAAGACUCCUUCAGUGGAUUUUGGCAGGAGGGACCUUCGUUUCUGUCCUUGUUUUCAUACAAACUUUUCUUUUCGUAUGGUAG